CCCGAUAUAAGUCAUCAAGAACAAAUGUCAAUGAUACUAAGCAGAAAGAAGCUUUUCGAAGUUGAAGUUGUUGAAGUCUUAUUUGCGCUCUACAAUGACACAAGAGAGGCUUAACGGGUUAGCUAUGUUGGCAAUUGAGAAUAACUUCUUGGAGGAUGCAAAGAUGGAAGAACUAAUAGAGGAUUUUAUUUCAAAUAAUACUAGACGGUUGUUACUUUUCAAACAAUGAUCGAUAAUAUUAUCCCUAUUGUAAUAAUUUUCUGAACUU